AUGGGCUCCAACAUCUUCCCACUCUGCCUAGUCCUUCUGUUGCAUUAUGCGUAUGGUACUCCAGUCUCUGUCAGACAGCUCUCCAGUAAAGCUGCAAAUGCCAAUGCUGAUGAGAUAAUCAAAGACAUUCCAGACAUAAACUUGGCUGCUGGAUUGGACCUCUUUCAGGGUGAUAUCAUGCUCCCUAAAAAUCAGCGAAAUGCCCUAAGAAAUGAGUUCUAUAGAUGGAAGUUCCCCGUUCCCUAUAUUCUGGGUGACGACCUAGAUCUGAAUGCCAAAGCAGUAAUUCUCCAGGCAUUUGAAAUGUUCCGUCUCAAGUCUUGCAUUGAUUUCAAGCCAUAUGAAGGAGAGAGUUCCUACAUAUUCUUUAUAAAAGGAAGCGGAUGUUGGUCCAUGGUGGGAGACCUGCAGACUGGACAGAACCUCUCUAUUGGGACAGGGUGUGACUACAGAGCAAUUGUGGAACAUGAGGUCCUGCAUGCUUUAGGAUUUUACCAUGAGCAGUCAAGGACAGACCGAGAUGACUAUGUGACAAUAUGGUGGGAUGAAAUCAUUGCAGGUAGAGAGCAUAAUUUUGAGAAGUACGAUGACACCUACAUCACUGAUCUGAACACCCCCUAUGACUACGAAUCAGUGAUGCACUAUCAGCCAUUUUCAUUUAACAAAAAUGAAAGCAUCCCCACAAUCACAACGAAGAUACCAGAAUUUGAUGACAUAAUUGGACAACGUCUAGAUCUCAGCGCCAUUGACCUGGAAAGACUGAAUCGCAUGUAUAACUGCACUUCAUCUCACACUCUUUUGGACCAGUGUUCUUUUGAGCUUGACAAUAUCUGUGGCAUGAUUCAGGGUGCUACAGAUGAUCUAGACUGGGUCCAUCAACAGAGCAGUGCUGCAGGAGAGGAAGACCACACGCUUUCUGGGCGCUGUAGAGAUGCUGGAUAUUUCAUGUACUUCAGCACCAGUUCUGGUGAGGCAGAUGAGGUGGCAGUCCUAGAGUCUCGCAUCCUUUAUCCAAAGAGAACUCAGCAGUGCCUCCAGUUCUUCUAUAAGAUCACAGGAAGUCCUUCAGACAAGCUGAUCAUCUGGCUUAAAGAGGAUGAUGGCACGGGAAACGUUCGCAAGAUGAGGAAAAUUCAAACUUUUGAAGCGGAUAAUGACCAUGACUGGAAAAUUGCCCACGUAACCCUCAACGCUCAGAAGAAGUUCCGUUACUUCUUCCAAGGAUUAAAGGGUGACCCCAGCUCUUCGUCUGGUGGGAUUGCUAUUGAUGACAUCGCACUGACAGAGACCCCCUGUCCCACAGCUGUGUGGGUUGUUCGGAAUUUCAGUAAAAUCCUGGAAAACUCAUCGAGUAACGUUAUUCAAAGUCCCCGAUUUUAUAGCCCUGAGGGUUAUGGUUUUGGUAUAAGUUUGUACCCCCAUGCCAGCAUCAGUGGCUACUCUCGCAUUGCAUUUCACUUGUGCAGUGGAGAGAAUGAUGGUGUUCUGGAGUGGCCAGCUUUGAAUCGUCAAGCUACAAUCACCGUGCUGGACCAGGACCCUGAUGUCUUGCAAAGGAUGUCCUCAAGCAAAAGCUUCACCACAAGUGAAGACCAUAUUUCCUCAGCUGCUAAUGGAAGCUUAAUAUGGAAUAAACCAUCAAUUGUUGGAGAAUUUGAUGCCUCAUGCAAUUGCUAUAGAACUGUAGCACUUGGAUGGACUAACUUCAUAUCCCACAGCCAAAUGAGACGGAGAAGUUUCCUGAAAAAUGAUGACCUGAUUAUUUUUGCAGAAUUUAAUGAUAUAACUUACCUCACUAACACUGAAGUCCCUAUUGAACCUGUGCAGUCUGCCUUCACGGAAAGCCUCAUUCUUGAAAGGCAGAAGAGAGCAGCCCAGGAUAUGGAGCCCUUUCAAGAUGAUCUGCCAUAUCUGCAAGACCCGUGUGACCCAAACCCUUGCAAGAAUGAUGGAAUCUGCAUAAAUGUGAAAGGAAGAGCAAGCUGCAGGUGCCCGUCAGGACAAGCCUUCAUCUUUACAGGUGAGAGGUGUCAGACAAUGCAGAUCCACGGGAACAUUCUGGGAAUGACAGUUGGUGGAAUUGCCGGAACCAUUGUCUUGACCAUUGUCAUAAUUUCCAUGAUGGCUAGAAGAUAAAGAGCUGCAGCGGGAUAAAUAUCAGUUCAAUGUUUUUCUAUAGUUCAUAAGACAUGAGUUUUCAGUGAAAAAUAAUGAAUACAACUUGCAGAUGGGUCAGCAUAUGGAUGAAAUGCUCUAUCAACAGCUUGGCAGCAAUCUGUUUACUCUGUAGGACUCGGC